AUGAUGUUUGCAUUAUAAUCGCAACUUCCAGUAGGCCUACAACUACACUACGCCAAAAUACUUCAUUAGUGCAUUUACCUGAUUACCGCGUCUAUCUGACGAUCAUGAUACUGUGAUGUUACUUUCUGAACGUAUUUUGUAUAAAUGGAUUUUCUCUCGUUGUUUUCUUUAUCGCUGUCAAAACAACUCGUCUAUCCUUGUUUCAAGAUCAUGAUGCGCAUAGUCAGAAAGUUUUACCAAAACAGGAAGCAUUUGUCAUUUUUGCUAUAUUUGUUAUCAAUGUAUUUUCCAGUGGAUGACCAGAAGAAUAUAUAAAGCCUCUCCCACAGGCCUAUGGAGUUUAGACUACAGUUAAACGACGUUUUAGCAACUUUUUCACUAUAGGCAGAAUGGAAAAUAAAGAUGUUGAAGUUGUACUGACAAACAGUGCUUCUCUAAGAAACGAGACAAUUAGAAGAGGAAACGCUAAACAACACAGAGACGAUGUCACAUUGACUCUUUUAAGCAACGGAAAAAUGUCCUGUAAUUACCCUAAGGAUGAAAAGUUACCGUUCACGAUAGAUCUUUCCAACUGUGAUUCGAUUUCAAUUUCUCCGUCGCGCAGCAACAACGCACUGUGUAUUGAGAUUGGUGUCAACGUAAAUCAUUUGAUCUUCCAAAAUAAAAGUCUAAUGGCAAAAUGGUAUGAUACCAUUGUUAACUUAUUGAACCGACUAGGUUUCGACUUUAACACGGAGACCGAUCCGAAAAAUCCUAAAAUCAGGAUAGCAUCACAGCGAAAAAUUAGACCUAAAACAUCUGUUAAAAGAAGGAAAGCAAUUAGUGCUGUGCCCGUUCUGCUUGACGGGUAUGCCGAUGGACAGUCUGUUGAAGCAACUUACAAUUAUAUUCCUCCCAAAGUUAACAUGACUGAAAUGAACAACGAUAUGGCGUACACAGAAACACAAGGCAAUAACAAUGUACAAUCCAGUGGAUCAUACUUAAACGAGCGUCAUUGUAACGUGCUCGGAUACGAAAGCUGUAUUUCACGCGAGACGAUAGGCCCACCAGCUCUUCCACACAGACCACAAGUAAGACAUAGCAAAGUUGAACCAGUCUCAAGUGUCGAUAGAAUGGGAAUUGAUGAUCCUGUUGAGCCAAUCGCAAGCGUCGACAGACUACCUGUUGCAAGUGUUGACAAAACAUCAACUGUCACAUCGACUGGCGCUGGGCCAGUCGAUGUGACAAGUGAAAAUGUGAAUUGUAACAAUAUAAAAGAAGAAUACCUCGAACCACAUAUACAAAAGAAAAAUAUUGAACAUGUUUUUUCAAGUAACCCAAAGGAGUAUAAUGGCAGUCCUAACACAUUUCGAAAGAGAACUAAUAAUCUAAAAUCAAGAAUGCCAGAUUGCUCAAUUAAUACAAAAGUCAAUAAAUUUGGAGAACGAGGAGACAGCAGCAGGAGUCAUACGAAACAUCUAGUGCAAGAAAUGAGUCAAGAGUCACUAAUGAUUUCAGUCAGUAAGAAUAAACUAGAAGGAAAUGUCGUUUUAUCGAUGAUGCCUAACACUAGAGUUCUGUUCAUCGCAGGACUGAAAAACUCAUCACUUAAUCAUACAUUAUACGAAGGUGAUAUGAUCACGAUGAUUAACAAACAGAGUAUUGACUCAAUCCAGGAUGCUUUGAGAACUAUUCGGAACACAGCUACAGAUACGGUGGACUUAGUAAUUGUUCGAAUUCCAUAUGGAAAAGUUGUGACCAUCGAACUACAAGAAAAUGAAUCUGACCUUGGUUUCAAACUAGAAGGAAGAAAGGUUGAUAGAGUAGAUGAAGAGGGUUUGGCAGCAAUGGCAGGCUUAAAGAAGAAGACAAUUAAGCCGGCAGAGUUAGGGCGUUUUACCGGUACUUGCGUGACUGCUAUAAAUUGCUUACCACUUGGCCAUCAUUGUACUAAAGAUCAGACAAUGGAAUUGCUGUCGAUGCACCGUGACUAUGUUUCCCUUGUUAUGCAACCUCUAGAUUUGGUCGCGUGUUUUCAGCACGAGAUGGAUGCUCUGGAAACCCAGAAUUAAAGCGUCGAAGUUAUUAGGACUAAUGAGCGUCGCAUUGUACGAUUGACUUUCGAUUACGCUAACAAUAUUACGUUCUAAGAACGUUAUAAUAACGUUGCAGUUUGGUGAUAAAUACGUUAUUUUGUAGAACCAUAUUUACGUACUUAUAACCUAAUUUCACAACCUCACAACGUUCUUAUUUAUUUAUUUAUUUAUUUUUUGUUCGCCACAUAUUUAUUCAAAAUUAAUGAAAGCAAAAUCCGACAAAAUCAAAAGGAAGCAAUUCAUAUAAUAAGCCAAUCCGUAGUUUGAACUGCGCAUGCCUGUAUCAAAGGUCAAUCCACAUAAAAGUUAAGUGUAUAUUUGUCAAUGUCGAUUGACGGUGAUACGGACAUGCACAGACCAAAACUAAUCUUGUAUUUCUCGAGUACAUUCCUUAACAUAGACUUAAUAGUAGUUUUAAAGCAUAAAAAUAGUGUUCGUCAACUAACUUUGUAUGACGAAUCGUGGAAAGUACUGUAUAUGUUUGGUGUGGCAUAUAGAACUGUGAAGAUAAGGGCAGGAAGAUGUAAAUAGAUGUAAAUAGAUGGUAAAUAGCUCUACAUUGUAUUACUUUACUUUUACUUUAUUCACUUGUUCACUUAAUUCCUACCGGUACUACAGUAGAGGGCCUACAAACAAGUGCCGGGAACUAAGGAGGCCAAGGCCUGUAAUUAGGCUCCUGGAGUAAUCUAAAUUAUUUAGAUUAAACUUAAAAUAAAAUAGUAGUAGUAAUAAUUAUAAUAAUAAUAAUAAUAAUAAUAAUAAUAAUAAUAAUAAUAAUAAUAAUAAUAAUUAUGAUAA